AGAGAGUAAUGGGGAGUGAGUGUAGAGGUGAGAGUUACCAUAAGUUUCACGCCACUCACCAACUGUAUCUGAACAAGAAAUACCUCCGAGACCCUGAAAUUCCUCCCAGAAAACUCUUCGGCCGCCGUCACGCCGCCGACUCCGACGUUCUUAUGGAGUCUCCGACCAAGGCGGAAGACACCCAUUUCCAGAAAUUCCUGCCCUACAACAAUAGCGACGAUGACGACGAUGAUCCUUACUCAUCGGAUAAUUUCCGCAUGUUCGAGUUCAAGGUCCGGCGGUGUACCCGCAGCCGGAGCCACGACUGGACCGACUGCCCGUUCGCUCACCCCGGCGAAAAAGCUCGCCGGAGGGAUCCCCGGAAGUACCAGUACACCGGGACUGUCUGCUCGGAGUUCCGGAAGGGGAACUGCCUCCGCGGGGACGGCUGCGAGUUCUCCCACGGCGUGUUCGAGUGCUGGCUCCACCCGAACCGGUACCGGACUGAGGCAUGCAAAGACGGCAAGAACUGCAAGCGAAAGGUCUGUUUUUUCGCACACACUCCCCGUCAGCUGCGCGUCUUGCCACCGGAUGGCCACGAAAUUUCCCCGGCGGGAGUCGUGAACCACUGCUGCGUGUGCUGCCACUCGCCAAACUCGACUCUGUUGGGAAUCUCCCACAUGUCGCCGCCGGUGUCACCGUCGUCGCACCCAUCGCCCAUCUCUCCGGCGAAAGCCCCAUUUUCGCGAUUCGGGGGAUCCGACCCGGUUUCAGUUGACCCGUUUGACCACAAGAAUAGCGCCGCUAUGACCGAACUGGUGAACAAUCUUGAAUCCAUGAACGUUAAUGGAGGUAACGGAAAUUAUUAUUUCAACAACAAUAGUAAUAAUAAUGCCGAGGAUCAGCCGGGGUUCAUUCUUUCUCCAUCAACUCCGGCAGCUUCAAGCAAGACCCUGUCCCCUGCCGCCGCUGCCGGGACAACCAGAUUUUACAACGAUAGUGGACUGCCGGGGAUUGAUCUUGGUUGGGUCAACGAUCUGUUGACCUAGUCAAACAAAGUCACAUUCAUGUCGAUCAAUUAAGUGGGUACAUCAGCUUAUAACAAUCAACAUGAAAAUUAUGUUUGUUGGAUAAGUUAAGGAAGACAAUUUGUGUAUAUAGCGAAGGAAGCUAAAGAUUGAAGCUCAAGCUGCUGAAGGAUCAUGGAUGGCGCAUGCAUCUCCUGAUUUUAGUUAAUUAAUUAAUUAAUUAAUGAUGUCAUUGUUUUUCCUAAUUUAAUUUCGGAUGGAUUAUGAUUAAUGACUAGGUUGUUGCCCAUUAUCGUAUUGGGUUAUUAUUAUAUUAAUAAUUGUAAUAAUUAAUCUUGUGUCAGCUAGUGAGUUAUUCGAGUCUUGAUUUCAAAGUUUGAAAUCAAUUGUAAUUUGAUUUGUGAUUGAUCAAUAUAUCAAGGCUCUAAUUUCUAUAAGAGCAUCUCCA